AAUCCGGCCAUGCCGCCUACCAAGGACCAGGGUAAUAAGUACAACUACACGAGGAGUUUUUCUAAUAACGAGAUGUCAAUGUCAGCACGGGUCUACCAUCCAGCCACGAACCUGAUGCCGCCAUCGCCUCCCAUUUCCCCCACCGGCAUAGCUCCCAGCUUCAACACCAAAUACUCACCCACCAGCACCUUCGGAAGACAAAACAGCCAAUCAAAUUCGAAAUACUCCUCAUGACAGAGAAUUAAAACAUGGCGGAGCAGAAUCGAAUAAAAACAAAAGACGAUCGCGCGGGAAAGUUGAAAAUGGAAUCUGUUCGGUCCAGCUGCGUUCAAGAUUCUGAAUGGUGGUUUUAACGUAUCGUUCAAAUUAUUAAACUUAUGUUUAAUUGAUAUAACAGAAUCACCACGUUUUAGUGGUGCUGUGUUUUGAAACUGUGUUCUUAGUUAAUAAAACUGAUGAAUUAAAUAAAAUACUUAUUAAGAAUUG